CCAACAUACGAAUUUAUGAUACUCGAUUUGAUCUACAUAUAUGUUCGCAAUUGUCUCUUCUUCAAAAUGCCGCGUCUUACGGGAUCUUUGUAUUCAUUACAAAUCUGCAAAGAUUACAUUGAAGUAUUCUUUACAAUUAUUCGGAUUAUCUCACCUCCCUGCAUGUUUUAUUGCUUUUUGGCCAUUUUACUUUUGCCUUUAAUAGCAACCACCCGCUUACUUGGGGCCAGCUUUGGGGACAUUCCACCUACUGCGUGGUGACUUGAUCUCAUCUGAUCAAAUUAAAAGCAUCAUCAACGGCUUCGUACCUCUUCUACGAAACGUUUCACCAUUUCUUUGUAUCGGAUGAACUUGUGCAGUCAUUACCGCACACCAUUUCGUUCAUUUCAACAGCACAACAUGCAUUGGGACCAUCUGCCUCCUCCUGCGAGAAAGCAUCGCAGCCAGAUGUUCACAUUCGCGGAACCUCAUUGCUAUUCGAGUGGCGAAACCUAUCACAUGCCCUGGGCUGACAUACAAUCUUCGGAUUGGGGUGUUUCUCCUGAGACUCCGUCACAGUACCCUCCCUUGAUCAGUAACCCCAGCAUGAUGUCGCCAGAAAGCUCCACAGUCGACUACAUGGAUGAUCAGCCCGCCCAAGACUUUGACCGUCGUAUUGCAUGCAAUCCAUGGCCUUUCCCAGGCGUGGAACAAGAUGAUACUCUGUCGGAAGUGUCAAGUGUCUCUGGCUCCAGAGACUUCUCAGACUAUGGGAGCCACAAUUACUCGAGUUCAGUCACGCUUGCUCAAGCACAACCUUCCUAUGUUAUCCAUCGCGAAAAUGUCUCGACACAGCGCAGUGAAACGGCAUGGGAAAGUCGGACUCUUCACCCAACUACCGGCCACUCAGUCAUUAAACAGGAGACAGUUACAAGCACAUCGGCAUGCGCAUAUAUCUCCGAGGAGAAUACCUUGCCAGCUUCCACAAGGAAUCGGUCAAGAUUGAUGACUACCAGAAAGGCUCGUCUGUCUGAUACCAUCGCCCCUUCGACAAAGCAGCGUCAGACGUUAUCCAAACGCAUUCGAGCAUCAGCCUCAAAAACACCGAAGCGUCCGGCCCAGCAAACCUAUCCUACUAGCAAGGAAUCUCGUCAACCUAAACGUAUUUGCCCCCGUCACCCAAAAAUGACUUUCAAGAACAUGAUUGAGUAUGAGAACCACGUGAGAGAUCAACAUCCGCGACCAUUCGUAUGCAUUUUUAGAAAUAAUGGAUGCAGUGACAGUUUUGAGAAAAAGAAUGAGUGGAAACGACAUAUCCGCAUUCAGCAUCUCCAACUUGAUCAUUACAAUUGCGCUCUCUGCACCAUCCCAAGAGAUCAUUCGUUUAAUCGCAAGGAUUUGUUCAAGACACACCUCGAACGAAUGCAUUUCCACAAGGAUGUCGCGGGUGAGCGCCCUCAAUUGUCAUUCAGAAACAAUGCUUGGACGAAGGAUAAUAUAUCCGAGUUAGUACAGACUUGCAGGGUACAUGUUCGCAAACCGCCGGAGAACAGCACUUGCGGGUUCUGCGGUGAGCGUUUUGCGGGGAAAGAUAGCUGGAAUGAAUGCAUGGAACAUGUGGGACUCCAUUUUGACCGCGGCUGCAACAUAAGUGACUGGAAAGUGGAUAAGUCUGUCCAAAAUUGGCUGAUCCGUGAAGGUCUGGUGGAGGCAACUGGCACCGGCGUCGACCAUUCGUGGACCUUUAAAGACCCAAAGAUGGUCAGAAGCCUAAGCAAUCUUUCUAUUGCUAUACACUGUUCAGAUGCUCAUGGUAAUGAAGAGGACGCUGAAGGCGAAGAAGAAUAAAUGAUGGAAAGCAUCUACUGUGUACCUUACUGCUCAAAGUUUAUUCUAUACCCAUAAUGGCUGAAUUUUGAUUUUAGAAAAUGCUUUUAUCUUAAUGAUUUGCUGUUCUUGACUUGCCAAUUGGCUUGUUCGUGUUCUUAAUAUUACUAAUUUUUGAUACCUGC